ACCGUCUGGGUGAUUUCAAAAAAGCCAUAGAGUACCACAACCUAGAUCUUAAAAUAGCUAAAGAAGUAGGAGACAAAUCCUUGGAGGCAAUGGCCUACUGUUCAUUAGGAUGCGUUUUUGAGUUGCAAGGUGGACUGCCAAAAGCCGUUGAACAUUACCAAGCUAGCAUAAACUUAUUCAAUUCCUUGAGAGUACUUCUAAAAUCUAAAGAUGAGUGGAAAGUUAAUUUUCGAAAUCAGCAUCAAAUGGCGUAUACGGGUUUGUGGAGAGUUCUCGUAGAACAAGGUAAUGUAGAUGAAGCCUUAUUUGUUGCUGAGAAAGGACGAGCUCAAGCUCUGACCGACCUCAUGGAAUCCAGUUUUUGUGGUGGAACAAGUCACCACAAGGGAGAAGAUGAAGAUUGCGCAGUUUUAAAAAACGUUCCAUCAAACACUGUCUUUCAGGCAGUGGACAAAGCUAACGUCAAUCUUUGGGUUGUGUCCGAAGGAAAACAAGUUCAGUUAAGACAAAGUAAACUCAAAGGUUUUGUUUCAGAGAAUAGUGGAUCUAGCCAGUCCUUUGAGUCGUUCAUGCUCGGUGUCUAUACACAACUUGGUGUUCGUUCUAAUGUGAGAUGCGAGAAUCGAUCUUUAGAUGCUUUGAGGGAGGGCCGUUCAAAAGUGGAUGAGAAAACCAAAGAAGCCAACCCUCAACCUCACAUCCAACAAGACGGAUGCUUGAGCACUUUGUAUGAUAUCGUUAUGAAGCCGGUGGCUGACUUGAUUGAAGGGGAUGAGCUACUCAUUAUUCCUGAUGGACCCCUGUGGAUCGCUCCUUACGCUGCAUUGAAGGAUGGUAAUUCUAAAUACCUGUGUGAAUCGUUCACAAUCCGAGUCGCUCCAUCGUUAGCAAGUCUUAGACUCAUUGCCGAUUGCCCAGAUGAUUAUCACAAAAGCAGUGGUGCGUUACUUGUAGGAGAUCCGUGGGUAUCCGAGGUUACUAACAGCGAGGGAGAGAAAGUCCUCGAGCAGCUUCCGUGUGCUAAAGAAGAAGUAGAAAUGAUCGGAAAAAUUCUGAAUAUCACGCCAAUCACUGGCAGACAGGCCACGAAACGUGAGGUGUUGAAAAGACUCAGUUCCGUUUCCUUAGUUCACUUUGCGGCACACGGAUGUCCGGAAACUGGCGAAAUUGCUCUUACACCUGACCUAGACCGAAUAUCUACUGUGCCUACGGAGAAGGAGGAUUACAUUUUAACGAUUCGAGAUGUGUUGAAUGUUCAACUUCGCGCCAAACUUGUUGUGCUCAGUUGCUGCCACAGUGGUCGGGGCGAGAUCAAGGCUGAAGGUGUGGUUGGCAUUGCGCGCGCUUUUAUGGGGGCUGGUGCUCGGUCUGUUGUGGUGUCCCUGUGGGCGAUUGAUGACGAGGCUACUCUCCAGUUCAUGAAAUGCUUUUAUCAACACCUUGCAGAAGGUAAACCUACAAGCAAGUCACUGAACCUGGCCAUGAAAAGCCUCAGAGAAUCAGAUGAGUUCCACGACAUCAAAUACUGGGCGCCCUUUUUGCUGAUUGGAGAUGACCUCACGUUUGACCUGAUGGCAAAGGAAAGAGAAAAUUUGAAUAGAAAAUCAAAUAAAUGAGAAAAUCUUUUUUUUCAUCUCAAAAGAAUGAAGUAGGAACUUGGAAGGUUUAAAUGUUUCUCUAUUUUAAACAAUUUUUGGCUAUUUUUCUUUACUUUUUAUUUUUUUGUUAAAUGGAACUUGAGAUGUGCAACUUUACUGUGGUGAAGAAAUAAACCAGUCUAUUU